GACUUGGUGGGGCUUUCAUAUGCGACUAAACCAUUAUCGCCUAGUUAAUAUUGAAACUCAACAAGAGGCUGAGGCUCUUGGGGGCCGAAAAGAUAUUCUCGAAUCCUUGGUUCUGCGGUCGCUUCUCCCCUGCAAUAUGCAGAACCAGAAGUAAGAAACAGCUCAGCAUGGCGAGUAAAUGGAAACGAUCAAGUAAACUGAAGUCUAGGACAGGUUGUGCUACUUGCAAGUAUGUUGUUUUCGAAACAGGAUGCAAAGCGGAAGUCGAACCGAGGCUAGGAUCCGACAUGUCAAAUGCGAUGAGGAAAAACCAGAAUGCACUCAGUGUUGCAAGACGGGGAGGAAGUGCGAUGGAUACGAGAAGCUACUACUUAAGAAACAAGAUAACCGCGGCGCAACGCGACCGGCUCCCAUGGUCCAUUCGUCGGGCCAUGUCGUUCUGCUGCCAGGGACGCUAGAGGAGUGGAAUUACGUGCAUUUCUUCUGCACACAAACCACGCGCGCCAUGUCAGGGAUUAUUCCGAUGCUAUACUGGAGUUCGCUAAAGUGUCGCGACCCGUUGGUCCGGCGGAGAGCAUUGGCCGUUUUAUCCCGAGGCCCGCAGCAAGAAGGGUUGUGGAGAAAGAAACGAUUUCUGAAGGUGACGGGGAUGGUAAUAGACCUAGAAGAGCAAGAUAUGCUGCCAUGACCAAUUGAGCAAAGAGUCCCGAUUGGUCAACAACGGGUGUAGGAGUCGAUUGGGGAGGGUUUGAAGGAGACCAGUCCAUGUCAGAUUACCAUCUUAACGAAACCACAAGGAUGGGACAAGGACUGGGCGUGUGAAACUAAAUGGGUACACUGGGCCUGAGCUGGCAGGUACCCUGGACGAAAUUGAGUUUUAAGCGUGGCUAUCUAUUUUCUGUCAACAUGUCAUAUUG